UUCUAUGUAAAAAGAUAAGCAAAAAAAUUUCUAUUACAUUUUUACAGUCUAUAUAAUGAUUUAUGAGUAUACAUGAAUUUGAUACAUGUAUUUGUUUAUAGUUUAAAAAUCGUUACUAUUAUAAUUUUCAUUAUAAAAUUAACAGAGAUAUAAUAAAAGUAAUAUUUUUUUACUGUUUUGUAACCCUUCAAAAUUUCGCGGGUGAAAUUGAGCCGCCAUCUAGCGAAUUCUUUCGUAAUCAUGUUCAUACGGAGAAUUGGAUUAUAUCGCUGUUGGCUGCACUGCUGUAACACGUGUUUGAGGUUAUAAUAUUCUCCUGUAAGUACUACGAGCUUUAUUUGUUUAAGUUCAGUUACGUUUUAUGCGUUAAAUAGUAGUGGAUAUUUCAAUAAUUUUAUUGGUAUUAAAGAUAGGAUUUUAAUUCAAUUCGUGAUAAAACGAGAUCAUGGAAAAAGUCGAACACUUGUGGAAUGUAACUAAAUAUUUGACGAAGUUGCGAUGUCCAGAAGCAAACAGAUUACAAAACUUUUAUAUAGAACGUUGUAGAAAUGCAGCUAACGAGGUCGAGCUACCAAAAAAAUGUUUUGGACCUUUAAUAAUGUGUUCUCAUUGCGGUUCACUUUGGGCGACUAUAAAUCAUCAAGUACGAAUAUUACCUGGUAGAAAGAUUUCCCAUUCAGUUGGUAAGAUGAUUAAAACAAAUACCAAUGGGUACAAAGUAUCUAAGGUUCGAGCUAAAUUAAUAAAAAAAUGUAAAAAGAAGGAAAUGAAUAAACUCUCGAUAAAAUGUUCUGUUUGUUUACAUCGAACAGAAAUACAAAUGAAUAAACCAAAGAGAAAAGUUGAAACCUUUGAUAAUACGUUAGAGAAAUCUAAAAUUCUACAGAAAAAAAAGAAGAAAAAGGGAAAAGACAAAACGGUUGGAUUAAAUAUUUCUGGAAACCUUGUUCCAGAAUUACAAUCGAACGAAAGUAAGAAAAUUCCUUUAAAGAGUAACACCAGUCAGUUUAAAACUAAGAAUUUAAAAACACCAAAGAUAAAGAAAUUAAAUAUAAAUAAAAUGAAAGAUAUUGUAAAUCAAGGUAUGACGCCACCUAAUAGAAAGAGUUUGACAAAUUUUUUAAAAGAGCUCGUAUAAAACAAAAAUUAAAAAGUGUAUCAUCCUAUUGUACUAAACGAUUUAGGCUCAUUGCCUACAUAGUAAUUUAUUAAGCUUUGAAUUGCUUCCUACAUACGAUGGGUACUGAUAAAAUAAAUAAGUACCGCAUUAAAAUACGUGGAACGUAGAUUUUUUUUUUUUUUUUUUUUUUUUUUUUAUAGAAUCUUGAAGGUUUCUCACGUGUUUAUUU